ACCUCGAUCCAGAUCCAAUAUCAUCAAUUGAACAUGCCCUGACAUCAUGUUCGAGAAUCUCUGCACUCUACCGCUCUCCUCUGAGCUCUUCACUCAAGCACUUCAUCCAACCGAGCCAAUUCUCGCAGUUGGACUUUCGGGCGGCCAUGUUGAAUCGUUCAGACUGCCUGCAGUAGCUGCCAACUCCAGCGACGACGAUGACGCGGAUACUAGCGUGAUCUCAACAGGAACAAGCACAAUUGAUACGGAAUGGCGAACACGGAGGCACAAGGGCAGCUGCAGAACUCUGGCAUACAGCGGUGAUGGGGAAGUUCUCUACUCCGCAGGUACAGAUGGGCUGCUCAAAGCAGCAGACUCCUCGACUGGACAAGUUGUCUCGAAAAUCCUCAUUCCGUUCGAUCCCUCGGGAAAGCUCGACCCUCCAACUCUGAUCCACGCCCUUACUCCCCAGACAUUGCUUCUCGCGACCGAUUCUGCUGCUUUACAUCUAUUCGAUUUGAGGGCUCCAUCAACAUUGAGUACAAAGCCAAGUCAGACACACCGCCCACACGACGACUACAUAUCCUCUCUUACACCAUUACCACCAACAGAAAAUAGCACCAGCGGGUUCAGCAAGCAAUGGGUCACGACUGGAGGUACUACUUUGGCAGUUACCGACUUGCGAAGAGGAGUGCUGGUAAAAAGUGAAGAUCAGGAAGAGGAACUGCUAAGCAGUGUCUUCGUGGGUGGGUUGCCAUCGAGACCAGGAAGAAGUAAGGGGCAAAAGGUGCUUGUGGGAAGCUCGAAUGGAGUUCUGACCUUGUGGGAGAGAGGCGUCUGGGAUGAUCAAGAUGAAAGAAUCAUCGUAGAUGGUGGAAGAGGCGGUGGAGAGAGUUUAGACGCUCUUGUACUGAUGCCUGAGGGCGUCGGAGAUGGUGGAAAGAACGUGGUUGUCGGCGUGGGGGAUGGCACGAUCAGAAUUGUCAAGUUGGGUCCAAACAAGGUCACCACAGAGCUUAGACAUGACGAGGUCGAGGGUGUUGUUGGAUUGGGCUUCGAUGUUGAGGGAAGGCUGAUCAGUGGAGGAGGUUCAAUCAUCAAAGUCUGGCAAGAAAAGAUGAACCUGGAGGAAGAAGCGGAGGACGACGAUUCUGAUGAUGAUGAGUCAGGUGCUAAGAAGAGAGCGAUAGAUGGAAGUGAUGAUGACAGUGAUGCAGACAGUAGCGAGGAAGAGGAUAGAGGACGCAAGAGCCGAAAGAAGCGGAGGAAGGCCAACAGGAACAAGAAUGCAGGGAAUGGAAUCAUAGGGUUGAAGGGCUUGGAGUAAUACCCAUUUGUAUUUUGAAGCAACAAGUUAACUUCGGAGUCUUCUAAAAGCCUGGCAUGGCAUGGCGAACACACUUAUCAUUAGAUGUAAGUAUGAGAGCAAGUAAAACUUGACAAAGCAAUCUACAAUUGCAAAUGCAGUCAUGAAGCUCUGAAUAUUCAUCAAGUCCCAGUAGCUGUCUCUAUCGGAAUAACCAAACUUCUCGAAGGAACACCCCGUCGUCAUUUCAGCGAGGGGAAAAUUUGUCCGAUGGCCGAAGAAGAUUUGGUUGGCUUACGAUUCUUCUGUGCAGUACAAGUGAGGAUCCCGACUAAUCCUCGCCCUUCAUCCGGUUCUUGGCAGAUCGGCCUUCGGCGGCGCUAGACGAAGCUAGACGAAGAGGCGAAUUCUUCUCCGUAUCUUCACGAGCCAACAUCAAAUUCUUCAAACAUCGAUCUAUUUAAUUGCUCUGACUCCGCAGCCACCGGGACAGAAUACAUACACCUACGAACCUAGAUCCAUUCAAAACACCUGAUAAAUAUACGCAAAACACUCGGCACGCUCAAAAUUGAAAGGAAGAGUCAUCGCACGCGUCGGAGUCCAUAAAAAAUCUGGGGGAAUCCACUCGGCCUGCACACAGCACACGAUCACGAUGAAGGUCUUUUCAAACGAUUGCUCAUUCAACUACUCGUGGGAGGAGGUAUCAACGGCGAACUGGAACAAAUACUGCCCCUGGAACGACAAAUCAACGCACGUAAUUGCGGUUGACACGAUAUCGCGAAGCGUUGAUUCAGAUACUGGAAUUCUGCGAACAGAACGUUUGAUAACGUGCAAACAAAGUGCACCGAAAUGGCUGAACUCGUUGAUGGGAGGCA